AUGGAGCCGGGGAGGACACGAGCGGCAGGAAAGCUGAAGAUUGGCGGGAACUGGAAGCCAAAUACAGAAAGUUUGCAUAUCCGCUUUGAUUCUCUCGAGCAGCUUUUAGUCAGUGAAGAGGCCGCCCAAGACAUCGAAGCUGAACUACCCCGCCCUACUGACCACGAUUAUACUCGCAAAAAUCCCACAACGGCCUGUGAACCCCGCCGCCCUCAAAGAUUUGCGCUCUAUUCAUCCAGCUCGGGCUCAAUACUCGAAGGCACGUCUUUUAUCGAGUUGGGGUUGGCGGGACAAGACCUCCGACACUUUUUCUCGCAGGGCAGGAAGAACGCGUGGUGGCUUGAUGUACAAAAUCCCUCAGAAAAGACGGUGCGCCAGCUCAGCUCAGCUUUUGGCAUACAUCACUUGACGGUAGAGGAUAUUGUGACGGGCGAAUGUGGAGAGAAGAUUGAGGGUUUUCCGUUCUACUACUUCACUUGCGUUCGGUCCUUCCAUGUCGUUCAAACCGGAUCGCAUUUCGAAUAUGAGCCCUACAAUAUAUACGUGGUAGUGUUUGAUGAGGGCGCACUGAGUUUUACUUUCACACAGAGCGAGCACAGCACUCAUGUUCGGGACAGGAUUGAGCUACUCAAGGAUUACCUCUCCAUAAGUAGCGACUGGAUCUUCUACGCUUUACUUGAUGAUAUUAUUGACUCUUUUGCACCUUCUAUCACGCUGAUCGAGAGACAGGUCAACGAGAUUGACGAUCAAGUCUACACUACUCGCGCAGAUGAUAUGCAGGCAUUUCUCCGUACUAUUGAAGACGCCCGGCGUCGCGUGCUAAGCUUGAUAAGGCUUCUGAGUGGCAAGACAAACAUUCUUCGCACUUUUGGUAAUCACCAUAGCGAGGAAAGCGAAGCCAGCGAGGACGCAGAAGAGAAGCCUACUGAAACAGAUCUCCAGAGGUACAAGUCACCAGGCGAAGACAUCAGGCUCUACAUCGACGAUGUUCAAGACCAUGUUACGACCAUGAUGUCCAGCUUGUCUCAAUUCGAGGGCCUGUUAUCCCGUUCGCAAAACAAUUACCUCGCUCAAUUGUCUAUCGAUAAUUUAGCAGGCGUGUACCGACUCAACGAUUUCUUGGGCAAGAUGGCGGUUCUAACUUCUGUCCUCUCUCUCCUCAAUUUUAUCUGCAAUCUUUUCGGCCAGAAUGUCAACGGCGGCGUCUCUUUUUACACAAACAAUACCUACUUGCCGUUCGCGCUCAUUGUGUCUGGCGAGGCGGUCCUUGCUGCUGUUCUGUUUUACUUGGUCAGAAGAUCUAGGUGGUUCUCGACGGCUCCAUCGGCACACUAA